AUGCAGCAGACAGCAGGCGGGGAAUUUUACUAUGACGCAUCCGCUCUGCUGUUGAACUGGAGCUCAGUAGAGAAUGCAAGUCAGUAUAAGAUCGUUGUUGUAGACGAUGAUCUCAAUCGAGAGAAGGUCUAUAUGGUGCAGAAGAGUCCUUGCAGGGAUGAUGAUGGAUGGUAUGCCAAGGACGGUGUUUUCUUUGAUUGUGAUUGGUACGGGGUAGACACAAACUGCUUCACGUAUGGCACUCGCGUUAAUGGCUCCAACAUACCAGCACUACAGGCCUGUUGUGCAUGCGGCGGAGGGAUGGUGGAGGCAGGAGGAGGAGGAGCACCUCCAACCUCGUUAAAGCUCAUGGGGCUGAUUUCUGGUCGCAAGAUACGUCUUAGCAUUGCUUCCUUCUCAGAACUGUCCGGAUGGAGCAGCGCAAGCACGUGGCUAGAGCUCCUACCCGUCCCUCCUCCCAUUCUCUCCGUGGCUAACAUUCGGUUCAUCGAGUAUAACGAGACGGCAGCUGUGCUCACUUGGGACCCCCCUGCUUAUGGGCCUGCUCCUACUAAUUUCUCUGUUGUCGUGAAGGACUCCUCCUCGUCCGUGGUGUUCCAGACCCUGACAAGCCAACCACCAGUCGUCAUCUUGUCUACCCUUAUGGUAGAUCAGACGUAUCGAGUCGAAGUUGCUUCAAGGAACUCAGAUCACGAUCCGAAAAAUCCUUUCUCAGCCUCUCCCGUUGGCAUUGCAAACUUGAAGUUGUAUCCUCCUCCUCCUCCAGUACAAGGCCUAGUCGUCAUCAACGCUUCGAGCUCCAGUUUGACAUUACGAUGGGAUUUGUUUCCUGAUGAUGCAAGCUUAGACAACAGCCUGAAAGGCAACGUCUUGUACAGAGUCCAGGUGUCGGACAUUGUGAAUGGAGUUGAAUUCUUUUAUGUUACCGUCUUGGACAAUAUCUCACCGCCGUCGAAUUGGAAGCAAUCGAAUGAUCUCGUCUUCAACUUCUCCUAUGUCGUUCAAGCGCGUCAGAUCAAGACUCCUCCAGCAUGGUUUACGUCAGUUGGAACGCCUUUCCGAGGGCUGACAGGAAUGAGCUCAAGCAUGCUGAGACUUCCAUUAUACUUUGUUGAGGUUAGAGCAGCGGGAGGGGAAUGGAUCAAGUCCCAGGCAACCCCCGGCUGCUCGGGGAGGUGUGGGAGGUAUGAGAGACGGUGCGAAGCGCUCCCCUCCAGCAGCGCUGCCAGCACAUCCUACGUCGCUCCCAUCACCUCCAAGUGGUGGCGUACCGCGUCCAAGUCGGAGCAUCGUUCUUCUAUCAGCAGCAUCUGGGUCCUGUAUCAAAUCUCGAUCGUCGCAAGAUCCCUCAGCCUUGAUGGGUACAAAGCGGAUCCAAACACCAUCACCGCUACUCCUACUGGACCCCCAAAGGGACAAGUUACAAACUUGCACGUCACUUCUCUCACUCUGUCGAGUUGUCUUCUGUCGUGGACGUACCCUCAAGACGAUGUGACGAGGUUUCUUAUUCAAUGGACUUAUCUCUCGAGCUCGAGCUCGAUUGCCGUUUGGAACAACUCAAUUGAGGUUCAAGCGCAAGAUGCUUUGUCUUCGUCGCAUGCGUAUGAGUACAACAUCAGCAACCUGCACUUUGGCGGGUUGUUCUCGUUUCGUCUCCGCAUCGGAAACCUUCACAUUAGCAACUUUGAUCUCAGCCCCACCUUUCUCCUGCAGUCCAUACAGCUCGUCCCUUCCCCUUCCCCUGUCUCCGACCUCUCUGUCCUCUCCCUCGGCUCGGACUCCGUCAUCCUUGCAUGGUCGGAUCCCCCAUCGUCAAUCGUCACUUCCUAUCAGAUCAAGUACAAAGUUGGGUUGUUGAAUUACGGUACCUACGGAAUACCUGAGACUCCGGCGAAUCACUUGGGAAAGAAUCUGAUGACGGUGUACAACUUGGAUCGAGGGCUCUUGUACUCCUUCAAGGUGUAUGCCCGGAAUCUAAACCAACAGGGAUACGAGCAACAAGGAAGCAACGUAGUCGACGCCAUGCCGCAGAUGCAGCCUUCCUCCGUCUUGGAUCUUCACAUCGUCGGUGAUGUUUUGACCUGCUGCAUCGCAUGCUUUUCCUCAUCUCCACUAGGGGUGACCGAGACAUCUGUCAAUGUCGCAUGGAGUGUCAACGCGUUUCCCCCAACGAGGGACUACAAGGUCAACCUCAAGGUGGCAUGGUGGGCGUCGGGGCUUUUCAAUGUUGGGCAGCAGGAGCAGACGUCGACGACGGCUCUUUCCUACAAUGUCACGAGCUUGAUCAGUCAGUCGAAAGUGCUUGUAUCUGUGACAGCACAGAACUGGAACAGUCUUGGAGAAGGAUCACCGCAGUUCAUCCUCGUUGAGCCCUCUCCUCCUCCCGACUCUGUGUCCUCACUCGAGGUGGUUUCGGUCACAACCACCUCCGUCUUGCUCAAGGUCAACGUGUCGGAGUUGUCGUUGGCAACAAAGAUGAAGGUCAUGUACAAGAGAGCCGAUGCGGUAGACUGGAGUUCUUUCAACGAAUUUCAGUGUCGGCACCUCCCGUCCGAUGCCAACGCCUGUCCUGAUCAGUUUGAUGUGACUGGGCUUUCUCAGAAUCUUGUGUAUGACUUCAAAGUUGCUUUGAGGAACGAUCACGUAUCAGGCUAUCAGGAUCUUGGCAAGGUUGUCAGUGCUGCUCCUGUCGACUAUCCAAGUCUGCCAGUCUACAACUUGCAGGUUGUAUCCGUCACGACCACACAAGUUCUCAUCUCCUACUCCAUCCCCUCGGGUCUCGACGCGCCGUUUGCCUUCAGGGCCCGGAUCACUUCCGAAGGCUCUUCGUACCUUAACGAGACCAACCAGUUUUCAGGAACGUCGUUGCUCAUAACUGGCCUCUCACUGAACAACAAGUACAAUGUUGCAAUCUUCGGCAGGAAUCUUAACGUCAAGGGUUUCAAUCUCAAUGUACAGUCUCAGGCGUUCACCAUAGAGCCCUUGCAGACGGCGUCCAGCCCGCUAUCUCUCAGUGUCGUCAGUGUCAGAACAGACGCCGUUAGCUUGUCAUGGAGUCCCCCGUCGUACGGUCUUCCCGUCCUCUCCUACACGGUUGAGGUGGCAGAGUUCACACAGACCCUUCCCAUCUUUCGUGUUGCUGGCUCCACAAGCCUGACAAACUUCACUGUCAGCAACCCUUCUCUCAACGCUGGUGAGAUUCAGCUAGUUCAGGGCCUCAAGUACUUGUUCCGUGUUAGAGCAAGGAAUCUCAACCCUACGGGCCUCGGCGAUUUUGCCGAGUGUGAAGGGACACCCCUGGACUCUCCCAACGUCGUCAUUCCUGACUUUCGAGCUGAGAACGUUACAGCUGGGUACGCUCGUCUAAGUUGGAACCUGCCCGGCAACGUCACUAUAUCUCAGUUCCGUGUCAGCGUUUGCCUUGCAGCUGACUACUGUGCUGGGGGCUCCUACCUCCCCGGCUCCUCCUGCUCUGCAAACUGCAUCUGCAGUGGGCCAACGCCAGUCUGUGCUGAUGGCACCGCAAGCACGUGCCAGUGCUUGCCCCCCAACUCAGAUGCUCCUUGCUCCUUCGACGGUCAGUGCACAGGAGGAGGAGUCUGUACCGAAGUUUGCGGCUGCUCUCAGUGCACCGCAGACUACCGUCCUCCUCGUCCCAACUCGGCGCAGAAGUUCUAUGACGUCUUCGGUAGAGAGUUCAUCUACGACGGAUCGUCUUGGGUAGCGACGGGCAGGACUAAUUGGAACGUGCUGGAGGAGGUGCCGGCCUGGGUUAAUCAGAUCGAAAUAACCAACGUCAAUGUCGUCAAGACAAAUUCAACUUCGCGUGUAGAACUUAACACGCCACUGGAACUGAGCAGCCGGUACAGCUUCGGGAUAGAGGCAAUGAAUCAGAACGUCAACGGAUAUGGCCUGCGAACCAUCAUCCGCAACGUCAUCCCUGUGUUGAGACCAGGAGCCCCGACCCAGAUCUCGUUCCAACCUCCGACAUCCUCGUCAGUCACCAUAGCAUGGAAUGCACAAGAACCAACUUCCGUGUUUGGUCUCUCAACAUUUUUUCUUGUUAUGAUCAUUGAUACGAGGAGAAACAACAUCACCGUGGGCCCAACAGUGAACUUACAGUCUAUCACCAUCUCCAACCUGCUCCAAGGAACCACAUACACAUUCCAAGUCUUCGCUGGCAACCUGGCUGGGUAUUCCCUCCAGCCCGCGAGGACAAACGUCACUGUCACUACAUCUUGCGAGGCAACCAACAUCGGAGUGUCACGGGUCGACACGUCUAAGGGAGUUCUGAACCCCAGCACUACCAUCUACUGGGACCCCCUCCCGUAUCCCGACGAAGUCAAGUUUACGUUGAAGCUAACUCAAGACUCUGUGCUGCUGAAGACUGUCUCUGAUAUCCAAGGGAACUCCCUGAAUGUUUCGUUUGCUGUUACGCCAGCUACUAACCUUGUGAACAUUCAACUUGACUGCAUCGUCAUCAGAAUCGCUGCCUCGUCGACACCUACUCCAGCGAACAAGAUCAUGCAGGUGGUUGGAAUACCAAGUAUGGAAGAUAUACAGCUGCGGCUGCUCUCUCGAAACAACAACUCAGUGAUUGUGGUUUGGUACACUCUCAAGAAUCCCAUAGAGAUUGUUCUGAGGAACACGUUCUAUCUUCUUGAAGCUUCGUUUGAUGACUUUCAAGACGGUGGGAAGCGAAACACCGAGAUCAUCGGUGAAUUCAAUCACGACACGUACAAGUUCGGAUGUGCAGACUCAGGUCAAACUUUUUGUAUCUCUGCUUUCAUUGGAAACCUGCCGGAAGGGCAAUAUAUCAGCUGCCGUGUCAAAAUCCGUAACGCGAACAUUGCGGGAUACUCGAUCCCCUCGAACUAUCUUUCCACAGCAGCCUUCCGUCAGAUUGGCCCGGCCACUUCACUCCGGAUAGACAACGUCACGUUCAGCUCCGUUGCUCUGGCAUGGCAGAGGCCAGCGGGAGACGUUGGGCAGACCAUCUACUCGUACAUCAUAACAUGGCAGCCUGACGGUAGGACACAAAACAACGGCAACCCUCUGACAAUCGGAGCAAACGAAAUCAACAUUGAAGGCACCGGAGCCUGCGCACAAGGAAACUGUUGGUACAACAUCACCGGGCUUCAGCUUGGAAAAGUUUACACAUUCCUCAUACAAGCCUACAACCAAUAUGAGAGCGGGUACGAGGAAGGCACAGUGACGGUGGGAGGGCCAGUCUCUCUUCCUUCAACUCCGAGAAACUUGUUUGUAGUGUCUGUCGGUGAAGAUAGAGUCACACUGCAAUGGAAUCUUGACGUCGACCCCUACCAGGUCGUGUAUGCCAACGCCACGAAGUUUCAGAUUCGCUGCAGGCUGCAGAAAGGGUACAGGAGCUCGUCAACGGCCCAGUACUGCCGGAGUGAAUCUCAAUUUGACAACCUCGGACCCCCGGCGCUGGCGGAGGAGAUCAAGUUUGGAGUCCAGACCCCUUCCUUGUACGUCUUCCGAGCGAGCUUCCACGGGCUGGACUACCAGGUGGGCUAUCAGUUUCAAGUCUGCAGUAUCGGGCUCAACAUAUUCUCCUUCGGGGGCAAGUGCAGCCCCUUUAUAGAGGCCAUCACAGCAAGCAAGCCUCAGAACGCGACGCUGAACUUGAGCUCAGUAACUGCGAGCUCAGCAUCAGUCUACUGGAGCCAUGCAAGGAACAACGACUCGGGCUGGAACUUCAUGCAGGGCUACGACUACAACGAGAUCAGCCUCGCUUGCUUCCAAGGGAUUAACGUCGACGGGCUCAAGAUCCUCUGCGACUCUAUUAGCACCUGCUCCGGCUUCAACACCGACGGCUGCUUGAAAUCAGCCAUUCUUGAUCCCUGGACAGCCAUGGACUUCUCUCUCGUGACUUCAAAGUGGGUGCUGAUGGAACCAGGUCAUCUCCUCUACUCCAACGGGACCUGCUGCUCUCAGAUUGACUUUGCCGUUGGCUGUACACGAGCCGAUAUUGACUUGAGUCCUCCGGCCGCGUGUGGGUGUCAGUGCCGGGGGUUCUGGUACAAGACGACCAUGUACAGGCUGAGCCAGCGAUCCAACUCCUCAGAGUCUUUCAUGAACAUCCCUGACACGUACGGGACUGCUUCCACUGAGUUCCAAGUUAUGGGAUUGGAGAUGAACCGAGUGUAUGAGAUGAAGGUUUUUGCUCGAGGGCUCAACGACAUGGGCUAUGAGGUCAGCGGCAGCAACACGCUCAUUCUCUCGCUCGCCGACCCUCCUACCUUCAAGGCUCUGGUCACUGUGCUGUACAUGCAGAGCGAAUCUUUCACCACAGGGAGGGUCACCGUGCAGUGGUACGGCAGCUCGCAGCAGAAUGUAACCCAGUAUCUCCUACAGAUGUCGCAGGAUAACUUUGCUUCUCUCAUCGAUUCCUCUUCUCACCUUGACAAGACUGUAGUGAACAACCUUGGCGUCAACACCGUUACUAUCACGCAGCUGGUCAAAGGGGUCGAUUACUUCUUUCGGGUUGUCCCCCGCAACUGGAACGAGGUUGGAUUCGUGUAUUCCCUGGCAUCAGAUCCAGUCCUUGUUCGCUACUCGGAUGCUCCUCCUGCUCCUAUCAACCUGGACGUCUCCGGCAUCAGCAUCUGCCAAUCAGCUUCUUGUGGAUGCGACUGCUGUCAAUCUUUGAUCUGCUCUGGAGUAGCUGACGUGGUUCUAAGUUGGAGCAUGGCCUCAGGCCCUGUAACGGACUACAUGAUUGUAGUGGAGAGGCAUGCGCAGGCUGCGGUGUCGUAUCAGAAAACUUCCUACGAGCUUGCGGUCAGUUCUCUUGCUGUCAAGUACACACUGCCAAAGAUGUACCUGGGAGUACAGCACACUGUCUCAGUCCUUGCCAAGAAUCUGAAUGUCGCAGGGUACGUCACAAACAGCUCCUUCGUCUUCACUCCCUCCGAUGAGCCCAAGGUCUCAGUGCAGUCCACUUUGACUUGGCAGUGCGUUUCUCCGAGCUCGGUCACGUUGCAAUGGCGGCCAAUAUCAUCCGAAGCUGUCACCUUGUAUAAGGUUGACUAUGACAUCUCUCCGGAGUUUCCCAACUUGGGGCCUGGCACGUACUUUGGUGAGUUUCAACCGUCCGGGACGAGUCAAAUGCAGGUGGAGGUUGUAAGACUUGAUCCUACUAAGGUGUACUACUUCCUGGUCACCGCAAGAAGCUUGUACGAUGGGGCACAGACCAGCUUUGUGAGCGGGUACCGAAACUGUACCUUUGCAGUGAGUGACUUGCGAGUCACUGAGUUGUCUCCGACGACUUUCAAGCUCCAAUGGCUGGACCCCCCUGGCAUCUCUGAGAUCAGCAGAUAUCGAGUAUGGAUGGCAAGCGCUUCGUCCCCUCAGUUUGUCCAGUUUGCUGAAGUUCAGAGCCAAGAGAACACACAGCACACCUUCUAUGCUGAGAGCUUGUCUGCUGCCAACUCCCCUCACCGCUUCAUUGUAACUCCCCUUCUUGAUCACUGUGCUGUGCUAGGGCCUGUCUAUCCUUCCUGCACGUCCACAAACAGCGUUGGCUUACAAGCGUCCAGGGUUAGCACGGACUCAGUCACUUUGCAAUGGAUGCUACCUGGUUGUCCUGGGGAGUGUAUGCAAGUUGUCAACUUUCAGUUCGAAGUCUUCCUGUGCAACCAGAGCUCUGUUCCAACUCCCGCUUCUCCGGUCUGCAGUGUCCCAGUAUCAAGUCAAGUAGUGAGCGCAGACAAUGUUUGUGCCUUCGAAUCUUUCUACUCGAACAACACUUUGAACACCUCUUACGGAGGUUGUAGCUGGGUCCUACAUGGCCUGUCGAUCAAUCAGGCCUACAACGUCAGAGUUUCUCUUCAAUUUCAAGACUCGAACGCGUUUGCAGCGAGUGACACUGUUUUCAUCAUGACGAAGAAUCUGCCAAGGACGCGAGCCACCGCGCCGGUUCUGGUCUCAACACGUAAUGUUCCUUACGAUACUCAUGGAGCAAACGUAAGUCUGUCAUGGCAGUACGAGAAUGCAACCUUGGCACAACAAGACUCAGUCUCUCUGUACAAGGUUGCCUUUUGGGCUACUUCUGAAGAACAAUGUUUCGAGCAGUUGAAAGCAAGCUGUUUGUCUUACAACGAGACGAUACUGUCAUCUCUCCAGCAGCCUGUCGCAGGUCUGCGCCCCUGCACGCAGUACACUUUCCAAGUGUUCCUUGGAAACUCAAACGGGUUUGAACCAACAGGGUCUCCUCUAUCUCACCCUAUCACAACCUCUUGUACUCCUGGCGAAGUCAAGGCUCUUGAAGUGAUAGAGUACCAGAACGCCUCAGCUCUGCUUUCCUGGCAGCCUCCGGAGGUACCAACAGCAUUCUUCUUUAUCGUCAAGUCCUCCAACUUGAAAUGCCUGCACAAGGGCUACAACGACAACAUCUGCUCAAGCACGAUCGAGGUCAAGUGUAUGCCCGGACGUUGUCGGCCCGUCUGUUUGAACAACGUGGGAUGCUCGUUGAACGGCACGGGGAUGCUAAACUCAUCAGUCUCCUCCCUCGUCUCGUGUCAGUUUGAUAUCGAUUGUCCGACCAACUAUCAGUGCAUCCGAGAAUGCCCGAGCUCGACCCUCUUGCCUAACCUGGAGAUGAAUUCAAGUUAUCAGGUCGUUGUCACUUCCAAGACUGUUGACUCCAGCAUCGGCCCAUUCUGUUUUCUCAAUCAGACCUGCUCGGCUCAGUUCAGAAGAAGUCAGUUAACGUUUGAAUAUGCACCUCCCCCCCUUCCUCCUCGAAACUUACGGGUGGUGGACAUUUCGUCAGCCUACCUCGUCAUAAGCUUCGAUCCUCCUCCUUCAGCCAGCAUGCCAGUCACUUCCUAUCAGCUCUCAGCGAGAGCAAAGGGUUCUUCAGCAUGGAACGUGACGGACGCAAACGGGAGAAUAGGCUCCAUUUCGCUCCUUGUCGAGAAGCGAGGACAGGGUUGUCUGCGAGGAGGGACGUUGGCCGUCUCAGGCGGCGAUGGCGGAGGGUUCGAGGCAACGUUCGAGGUGUACGGUGGGAGCAUAUCAAGGGUGGAGUACCUUUCAAAGGGACAAGGGUACACAACAGUACAAGGGGCAUCGGUCUACAUCUCGUCAGGUGGGGAGCAAUGUGUUGACUUUCAGGUCAAGGCAAUUCUGGAUGCAACGAUGAUACCGGGCUCGAUGCGGACCGUGCUCGUCUCUCAGGUGGGAUGGCGAUCAUUGUCGGUAGCAAGGCAAACUGUGGAAGAGUACGAUUUCUUGCUGCAGUCAGUCUCUUCUGCUGGAACGUCUGCCCCAGUGACAUUACAGGGAGUGAAACUCUAUCCAACACCUCCAUCAAUCUCUUCGAUGACUAUCUAUCAAGUAACCCAGGAUUCCUUUGCCCUGAAUUUCACUGUCGUCAAUUCGCCUUUGCAGUCGCAAGAUCAACUUUUGUUCAAGGUCUCGAUGUCGGAAAACAUGGGAGAGACAUAUUAUGAUCUGCAAGGAAGUCCGUACAGAAUACAGUCGCAAAAUGAUGCAGUAUCGAACAUUGUGAUCGACUCGAUGCCCACUAGUUAUGGUGCAACAACGAAACUCAAGUCCUUUAUCACCUAUACCGUCAGAGUCUGUCCCAUGUACAAUUAUGUUCCUUUCAAGAUCCAGUUUCAAAGUGAUCUCUGUGCAACCAAAAUUGUACAUCUUGCUUACAAAUCUGCGCCUGUCAGCAACAUCCAAGUCUACUUUGCUGAUCAAGACAAGGUCCUUGUCAAGUGGAACGGUCCAUAUCCCAAACAUGGAGAGAGUUUUGUGUAUGCGAUUCAAGUAGGAGUGGACAAGUUGGUGGAUAACGCAUUUGCUUCACCUCUUUUCUUCAGUCUUGGAACGUCAUGGACGGACUUGUCAAACACUACAACAAUCUUCACAUUUGAAGAUGUUUGCUCAGCCCUGCAGCACAAGAUUGACUGUGCCACUAUCUACACAUCUGUUAGCUUCGUUCGUGUUCUGUUCAAAGACUUGCGAUGGGCGUCUUACACAGGACAAGAUGUGCAAUAUCACACUUUCCGGUUUAGUGGAGCAUCAACACCUCUUGGCAACCUUGCAGUCAAACAAAUCACAGAAAGCUCCGUUGAGAUCAGUUGGAACAAUCUGAAUUAUCCAAACUUUUCCAACUUCGUCGUCUUCUACAAGACUUCGCCGAUCCAAUGCUUUCAGAAUGCCAUCAGCGUCAACGGACGAGCGCAGGUUCUCAAUGUGACCAUCUCAAAUCUCACAUCUGGCAAACUCAUCUCUUGUCCUCACACCAAGUCACUUGUAUCGUAUCAGGGCUUCGUGUUUCCCUUCUCCUCUAUGAUGGUGACAGCAGCAGUUUCGAAGGCAAGGGCUGUCACGGACUUGCGCGCAUGGCCAACGAGCAGCGGGUGCAUCCUUCUCACCUGGACACCUCAUCUUUCCGUCACAGACAAGAGGAUAUCCGAGCUGCUGGUGUUUCGCGUCUGGACGUCAGAGAUCACUGAUCCGCUAUCGCUGACCUCGCACAACAUCUCUCUCGCGGCAUCUGAGCUGGGAGCUCCAAGGCUGGAAGUCUGUGGGCUGAAGUCAAAGAUGUGGUACAACUUCACAGUGGAGACGAGAAACAACAACUCGCUAGGUUACCAGUCCCCGUCCUCCCUCAUCGCUCAAUCCGAUGCAAGAUGGCAGCCUGUCAAGGACCUCUACCUCAAGAACAUGACUUCCUCCUCCGUCACCUUGACCUGGUCGCCUCCACCUGGGCUAGUAUCAGACUACAUGGUCAGCUGUCAGCCUCAGGGCGCAAACUCGGCUUCGUUCUCGCGUCUCAUUUCCGACAACGAGAUCUCUCUCUCAAGCAUACCAACAGGGGUUGGAUACAGGUGUUACGUCGUUGCCAGGAACCUGCUCACCAACAUGUCGGGAAUAGAUGAGAAUGUCUCGAGCUCGAGCAUCGACUUCACGUGGAGGGCACAACCCCCAAGCGCGCACAACAUCAGCAUCUUGAGUAUUGAUGCAGAAAGCGUCACGGUCUCUGUCAAUUCAGCCGAUGCAGAUGUAAUGUUCUUUGUUCUCUUGUUGGAUGCCACAGACGGGAACUCGCUUGUGAAGCCAACGACUCCUGACAGCUCAAACCAAACAAAAUUCGUCGUGAAGAAGAGUGACUUCGUGAAGAGCUACGCAUGCACUGGGUUGGUUCCAGCUACGAGGUACAAGAUCAGCGUUUUUGUAGGCAGCAAGUAUGGAAUUUCAUCCUCGUCUCUUCCCUUGAGCUCUGCCUCCUCCUACUUUUGGACGGCUCCUCCAGCUGCUUCCCGCCUUCGAUUGACCUCGUUCACUGUCAAUGAUGCUACACCGCGAAAAGUUCAGGUCAACAUCGAGUGGCAUGCGCCUUGUGCGCUGGAGGCAUCUAGGAAGAGUGAAGAUCUCUCUUCAUCCAAGUGUCUGGCCGACCUCACCUCUUCCUUGACCUACCAGUACAAGAUAGCGAUAGCAAAGACAAGCGAGCUACCAGCAAAGAUUUGGACCCAAGAAGUUGAUAGCGGCAAGACAGGAUCGAUCUGCACGUACACCUUCUUAGAUUUGGACCUUGACACCUACAUCAUCCGCAUGGUCACCCAGUACCAGGGGAUGCGAUCGAGGUCUAUCUACUUGACCUUCACGUUGACAGACACUGGGACGACGCCAGACAACUAUGUCAGUGACUUCAAAGUAGCAUACGUCAGCCAAGACACUCUCACUCUUUCAUUCUACCCUCCCAAGGCAGCUCCUGUCAGCUCAUACCAGAUCUUUUGGGCUCUGGUGGAGGGUGGGUUCACAGGGCAGCAGCUGGGGAGUUUGGUGGUGGACUACAGGCAGUACAACGUGUUUGCCAACGGCUCUGGUGUAAAUCUUGUUCCCAUCACGGGUCUAACAACCAAUACCUUCUACAGCUUCUGGAUCCAGAACCGAAACCUCAACGACAAGGGAUUCAUACCUGUGGCCAAUAUCAACACCUGGCCUGCCUCUACCAGACUUGGAUGUCUCGCCAACCAGGAGAUUGCAGUCUCAACAACAUGCUUACUGGAGGCUCCAGUCUUCCAGUCGUUGUCCGUCCAGCGUCUCCGGGUCUCACAGCUAGAUGAGAAUAUUGUAGUCCUGGGCUGGCAGCUUCCACCAGGAGGAUACUUCAACCGGUUCGCGCUCAGGUUUCAGAUCAGCAGGUAUCUGAUCGCUGCCGACGGUUCAGCGUCAAACGAGUUCACCGUCAGCCAUACCCCUGCCUGCUUGCAGACUCCAUCGGCAGAAUGUUCCUACACCGACUCUGGGUUGACUUCCAACCUAAUCUACAGGUACGUGGUCAAAGUCAAGAACAACAACUCGAUGGGCUUCGAUGCAGGAGUUGCAGUCCUGGCUGAGACGAGAGUCGGAGAGUGUGUGAUAUCAGAUGUCAGUUGUCGGACUGUCAACGUGACAUCUGUCGCUUACGUAGGCAACAAGGAUUCGGCUUACGCUGCCGUUGUGCUUUCAUGGGCUUCUCCCUCCAGCCUGUUUGCUGGACAAUCAGGGCAAUUCUACUAUAAGAUAUUCGCACAAUCGGGAACAACCUGGCAGGCAGUCAAUCUGGGGGUAGAGUACCUUCCUGGAACACAAACAGCUUUGGUUACAAGGAUAGCAAGUCAGUACGUUAGUUUCGGAACGAACUUCACUUUCUUUGUUGAGGCAAGGAAUCUGUACUGUCCACUGGCCAAUACUGAAUGCGUCUAUUACGGUGCUCUUUUGGCACCUCUUCUCAGCAGCGACCUGAGGUUGAAUGUGGCCCCUCAGUUCCAACCGCUACAGACUGAGAUCUCCCCUGCGACCAGUGACAACUCUUCUUUCACGAUCCGAUGGCAGACUAGUGCUGACGUCAGCAUGUCGUACCAGGUGUACGCCAAGAUUGUCACAGAUCCUAGUUUCCAUCUGGUCGCGUCUACUAGAACAAGUUCUUACCGCCUCAACGGCCUCAACUCUUCUCUCUUCUAUCAAGUCAAGGUCUACACUCGCAACCUCCACACCUUUGCAUAUGAGUCGCGAGGUAGCAACGUCGUGACGGUCAAACCGGUUGACAAGCCGGUUGAAGUCGCGAGCGUCUGGGUUGAGAGCGUGAACUACACGGAAGCUGUUGUUGCAUGGAGGCUUUACGAUGCAAGGAUGAACAUCUCCGGGUUUCUGAUCAGCCUGGUGGGAGCAAACACAUCGACGACUAUCACGGCAUCAAACCAAGGUCUCGUACUACAGACACUCACUGUCAGUGUUGCCCUCGUCUCAGCUGGCCAGUACUCGAUCUCAGUCACUCCCUUCAACCUCGGAGGCAACGGGUCUACUACCUCGGUCCCCCUCCGGAUCCUCCCACCUGCUCCUCCUCCCACACAUCUCCAUGCACAGGUAGUGGGGAACGCUGAGCUGCUGUUGCUGUGGACGCCUCCACUUCUGCCUACCAACGGCUCGUUCAACGCCACCUACAUCAAGAACUUCGUCAUCUCAUGGACGCAUGCCAACAUGUCUUCCUUUGCAGUCAUAGGCUACAGUCAGACUGCCAACUUCACCCACCGGCUCCUUCCUCUCGAGUUCGACGCUCUGCAGGGUCAAAACUUGACCUACCGGGUGUCAACGGUUAUCGCUCAGAGCUCCAGUGCUGGUGGAGGAGAUUUCGCCGGCGUCCCUGCCUCUUCCUCUCUCACGAUCGGACAUGCUCCGGCCUGGACGAGUACAAGUACAGCCGACGGGACGGUCCUUGAGGCCUGGGUAGGCAAGGCUUCCUACCUGCCCUUAGAAGCUGAAGACCCUGAUGUCUGCGGGCUGCCGUCCUGUGACAUCAUCUCAUUCAGUACUGUGAUUGAGGCUCCUCUUGGCGUCAAGUUCGGGGCCAUCUCGUCGGGCCAAUUCCUAGAGAAGGGAGUUUACGUUAGAGGAACGACAGUCUCCGGUGUCAUGCAGGUAGUUCCCUUGCCGUCGCAGGCCGGAUCAAACUACAGCACCUGCGUGAGAGGGAAGGGGUCGAGCAACCUGACGACAGCAAUAAGGUGCUUCGAGGUUGUGGUCCUACGACCAGAGCCCAAGUUGACGUCUCCUCCGAAUGGCUCCGUCUACUUGGCGCACGUCGGCUGUUCGUUUGCACUGACUGUGAUGGCCGAAGACCGGUCCUCCUCCUUCAAGUCACUUAGCGAGGCCAGCGCAAACGGAUACUUGGUAGCGGUCGAGCCGUUCUUUACCAUCAUCUCUUCGUUCCUAUAUCACGAGAAGCGUUCAAGGCUUCCGGUCGGGGCAACCCUCGAAGGGACUCUUGGGAAUCCAGCCAACUCAUCGCUGCUGUGGACGCCUAUCAGGGGACAGGAGGGGUUCGACUAUGAUAUCUGCUUCAUUGCCUUUGACGCGAGCUACAACUUCUCUUAUGGCCAACUAGAAAACCAGCACUUCUGUAUCAAGAUAAAUGUGGAGAGAUGUAAAGUAUGUAUCCAAAGCGACAACUCACUUCAGGACCUUGCGAAGAGUUGGGUUGCAAACUGGAGAGAAAUCUGGAGCGGAAAUCACUUCCUUCAAGAUCCAGAUGUUGUUUUGUCAGGACAAGUCGUUACAGUGGGCCCGACAUAUACCGUACAGGACAACGAUGACUUGUGGACAAUCUCUCGUCGCUUCGGGACUUCUGUCGAACUGAUUUUAGAGUGGAAUCCGGAUGUGAUAGCAUCGAACAGCAGUGCCGUACUUAUGGUGAAUCAACUUCUUUGUGUUGUUCCAAACACUUGUGUCUACGAUGCACAUGUGACAUGA